GCCUAGUAGAAGUCCCCGAGCUAGGGUGGGGUUUGCCUCCUUCCCGCGCAGGCGUAUACCCCUUCCGUUCCAUCUCACAGAGCGCGCCCCCGAAACGGCCGCGCGCCCUGAGGGCUCCACAGAGCGGCUUCCCUCUUCCCCCUCCUUUUUUCCCCCGUUCUCCGGCCCGGCGAGGGAGGGGACGAAGGAAGCCGUGCGGGCCUCGUCGCAUCGCAGCUUUCCCUUCUUCCUCCUCCUCCUCCUCCCUGGCGGAGACGCGCAGGGAAGCGGGAGAGCCCCUGCCUGCCUGCUGGGCGGGAGGCGGCGGUCGCUGCCGCUGGUGGUCGAGGCCGCGCGAUGCAUUUGCACCAGGUGCUCACCGGGGCCGUCAACCCGGGCGACAAUUGCUACUCCGUGGGCAGCGUCGAGGACACCCCGUUCACGGCAUAUGGCUCUGGAUGUGAUAUUGUUAUCCUGGCAAAUGAUUUUGAAUGUGUGCAAAUUAUUCCUGGUGCUAAACAUGGAAACAUCCAAGUCAGCUGUGUGGAGUGCUCCCAGCAAGGAAGGAUUGCAGCCUCUUAUGGAAAUGCUGUGUGCAUUUUUGAGCCCCUUGGGGUCAAUUCUCAUAAGAGAAAUUGUCAACUGAAGUGUCAAUGGCUGAAAACAGGACACUUUUUUCUCAGUUCUAUGACCUUCAACUUAGCAUGGGAUCCUCAAGGUAACUGGCUGCUGACUGCAACAGAUUAUUUGCAGUUGUGGGCCCCUCCAUCUAGUAAUAUCUUAGAAGAGGAGGAAGAGGAGGAGGAAGAUGACCCUGACAUUGACCUCAAAGAUGAUAAAAUCUAUCCUGUUCUAAACAACUGGAAAUGUGUCUGGCACUGCAAAACUGCAGUGUCUGUACAUCUGAUGGAGUGGUCACCAGAUGGUGAAUAUUUUGCGACAGCUGGAAAGGAUGAUUGUCUCUUAAAAGUCUGGUAUCCAAUGACUGGCUGGAAGUCCUCUCUUCUUCCCCAAGAGGCAGGCGAACCAAGGAAGACAUCCAUGUCCGUUCAUUUUGCCUUUGUGUACCUGGCACAUCCUCGAGCAGUGACGGGAUUUUCGUGGCGAAACACUAGCAAAUUUAUGCCCAGGGGUUCUGUUUGCAACGUGCUCCUUACUUCAUGCCACGACGGCAUUUGCCGGCUGUGGGCAGAGACUUUGUUACCCGAAGACAGUCUUCUGGGGGAGCAGAUUUGUGAGACUAGCACUUCCAGUAUUGGCAGCAACAGCAGCUUCUCUCGUUCUGGAAGGCACAAAGACAACAUUCAGCAUGCUUUGGAGACAAUCCAUCACUUGAAAAACUUGAGAAAGGGUCAGCGAAGAUCAUCGGUACUUAUAACUCACACGGAAGAUUUACCCAAUCAGCUGGGAACCCAUGAGGUUCAGAGGCACAUUUCACACCAUGCGAAUGCACUCUGCCAUUUCCAUAUAGCCGCAAGCAUUAACCCUAACACAGACAUCCCACCAGCUUUGGUUAAGACAGCUUUUAAUUUAGAUGAAGGAAACGAAGGCUUUGUGGUUCAUUGGCUAAAUAAUAAAGAAUUCCAUUUUACAUCCUCGACUGAAAUAUUUAUGCAACAUCUCCGAGAACUUACAGAUCUAGAGAUGAAAAAAAUAGAAGAUGUUGAUGAUGGAGAGAGAGAAGAAGAAAAAGAGAGAGAAAGGGGCUUACUGAUGAAACUUGAUCAUGAAUUGUCCCUAGAUAGAGAAUCUGAGACGGGGACUGGCACAGGUUCCUCAGAACAUGAAGAUGGGGAAAGAGAAGGGAGCCCCAAAAUCCUUUCACCAGCUGCCUCCCCCAUGCCUCUUCCUACUGUCUUGUUGGAUCGAAAAAUUGAAUUGCUACUUAAGGAAUGGAACAAAAAUCCAGACAUGCUCUUCACCAUUCAUCCUAUAGACGGGACCUUUUUAGUGUGGCAUGUGAAGUAUUUGGAUGAGUACAAUCCAGGGAUCUUUCGACAAGUUCAGGUUUCAUUUUCUUCUCAGAUCCCUGUUGCAUUUCCUUCAGGUGACGCAAGCUCCCUUAGCAAAAACAUAAUGAUGUAUGCCUGCACUACCUCUGCAAAAGAACGCAGUGAUGCAUUGCUCCAGAAGAGAACUAGCAUUUCCGGCAGCCUAUCUGGAUGGAGGCCAAGCUGUGCCCAGGACAGCUGCAAUGUGAACAUUAUGACUCCCACAGUCAUGAUGGUUUCCAAACAUAUUGAUGGUUCCCUAAACCAGUGGGCAGUUUCUUUUGCAGACAAGUCCGCGUUUACAACAGUGCAUACCGUCACUCACAAGUUUAGGUAUUGUGGGCACCGAUUUCAUCUCAAUGACCUCGCUUGCCACUCGGUGCUCCCGCUUCUGUUAACGUCUUCCCAUCAUAACACCCUGCGGACCCCAGAGUCCGAUCAACCCUGGGACUCUGAUGCGUUAAAUAAAAUGAUGGAUCCCAUGAAGCAUCUGAAAGGUUCUUCCAAGCAGCAGCUUAGGAAUGCAGCCACGCUUACGUUCCAUGAUCCAAAUGCUAUCUACAGCGAACUGAUUCUGUGGCGCGUGGACCCCAUUGGACCUUUGUCAUACACGGGAGGAGUAUCAGAACUGGCCCGCAUUAAUUCGCUGCAUACCUCUGCUUUCUCUAAUGUGGCCUGGCUCCCAACCCUUAUUCCUAGCUAUUGUCUUGGUACAUACUGCAACUCUGCUAGUGCUUGCUUUGUAGCAUCAGAUGGCAAAAACCUGAGGUUAUACCAAGCAGUGGUAGAUGCACGGAAGCUUUUGGAUGAACUGAGUGACCCUGGAUCCUCUAAACUCAUUGGUGAAGUGUUUAACAUAGUGAGCCAACAAUCAACAGCUCGACCAGGAUGUAUUAUUGAACUAGAUGUCAUAACUGACCAGUGUGGGUCGAACACACAACUGCUUCACGUCUUUCAAGAGGACUUCAUUUUGGGGUACAAACCACAUAAAGAAGAGGUAGAGCUAAAAGAAACUGAAAUAUUUUUCCAGCCCUCUAAAGGUUAUCGGCCACCACCCUUCUCUGAGAAGUUUUAUCUGAUUGUAAUUGAAAAAGACACAAACGGGUGUUCAAUACUCCACAUGUGGCAUCUGCACCUUAAAUCUGUGCAAGCAUGUGUAGCAAAACCUACUGAAGUGCAGUCAUCGGGAAACCAGCUAGGCGUACCUGGGCAACAGACCGUGGACUCAUCUCCAGAUACCUCGCCUGGUACAACUCCAAUGCCACGUUCUUCAUCCGUUGCUAAUCUUCAGACAGCUAGUAAACUUAUUUUGAGUUCUAACCUCGUCUAUAGUCACCCGUUGGAUAUUCCAGUUGGUAUAGAAGUUGUGCGGGCUACUCCUUCUGCAGGGCACCUGAGUUCUUCAUCAAUUUACCCAGUCUGCCUCGCACCUUACUUGCUGGUAACUUCAUGUUCAGAUGACAAAGUCCGAUUCUGGAGGUGUUCUGUAGAGGCGGUGAUGGACAGCAGGGGUGAAACAAAGGAGACCUAUCACUGGAAGAAGUGGCCUUUAAUGAAUGAUGAGAGAGAAGAUGACAGCAGCACAGUGGCCAUUGCAGGAAGGCCAGUUGCCGUCAGCUGUUCCUAUACAGGACGCUUGGCUGUGGCGUACAAACAGCCUGUUCAACACAACGGUUUUGUUUCCAAAGAAUUUUCUAUGCACGUCUGUAUAUUUGAAUGUGAAUCUACUGGAGGAUCGGAAUGGGUUUUGGAACAAACAAUUCACCUGGAUGAUCUCAUUACAGUCGAGAGCGUCCUUGAUUCGAGAGUGAGCGUGGACAGUAAUUUAUUUGUAUAUAGUAAAAUGGAUGUAUUUUUAAACAAGGACCGGUACCUUAUGCCAAACACCAAGCAUUUGGUCCACUUGGACUGGGUUUCAAAAGAAGACGGCUCACACAUUCUGACAGUCGGGGUGGGUGCAAAUAUAUUCAUGUACGGCCGACUUUCAGGAAUUGUGACUGAGCAAACCAGCAGCAAAGAUGGUGUAGCUGUCAUCACUUUACCACUAGGUGGUAGCAUAAAACAAGGUAUAAAGUCCAAAUGGGUGCUAUUGAGAUCCAUAGACUUGGUGUCCUCUGUAGACGGUACCCCUUCGUUGCCUGUCUCUCUCUCGUGGGUCAGAGAUGGAAUACUUGUAGUUGGCAUGGAUUGUGAAAUGCAUGUAUAUGCACAGUGGAAGCAUGCCAUGAAAUCCGGAGACAGUGAAAACGACGGUUUCCUUGGCGAGGACUCCCCCAUGCAAGAUCCACUGAAGACCAGUUUGCUAGCCAAAAAAAACGGUAUCAUUGAUGGAGCAGGCAUUGUGGACGAUGUUUUUGGAACUCCUACUGUGAUUCAAGAUGGUGGCCUUUUUGAAGCCGCUCACGUCCUUUCCCCUACCCUCCCUCAGUAUCACCCUACCCAGCUCUUGGAACUGAUGGACUUGGGUAAAGUUCGCAGAGCAAAAGCCAUUCUUUCACAUUUAGUGAAAUGCAUUGCAGGGGAAGUUGCCAUUGUGAAGGACCCGGAAUCUGCAGGCAGUGGCUCUAAACGCCACCUUUCCCGAACCAUUAGUGUAAGCGGCAGCACCGCAAAGGACGCUGUCAGUACCGGGAAAGAUGGCACGCGGGACUAUACAGAGAUAGAUUCUAUCCCUCCUUUGCCAUUGCAUGCGCUGCUUGCGGCCGAUCAAGAUACCACGUACAAAACAGAGGAGGCCAUGACAAGGCCUAAAGGCUCAGACGAUCAUGCCAAAAGGAAACCGGAAGAUCAUUAUUCGGACCUUUUCCAGAUUCAGCAGGUCACAACAGAUGACUUCACUGACUUUGAGCCAGAAAGGAGGGAGCGUAAGUCCAAAGUCAUCAACCUAUCUCAGUACGGACCAACAUACUUUGGACGAGAACAUGCCAGUGUUCUCUCAAGCCAUCUAAUGCACUCAAGUUUACCAGGACUUACUCGCCUGGAGCAGAUGUUCUUGGUUGCCUUGGCAGACACUGUGGCCACAACAAGCACUGAACUUGAUGAAAACAGAGAUAAGCAUUACUCAGGGAGAGACACUUUAGAUGAAUGUGGUUUGCGAUACUUGUUAGCUAUGCGUUUACACACAUGCCUUCUGACAUCACUUCCACCUUUAUAUCGUGUUCAGCUGCUCCAUCAAGGUGUUUCUACAUGCCACUUUGCCUGGGCUUUUCAUUCUGAGGCAGAGGAAGAGUUAAUCAACACAAUUCCUGCCAUUCAAAGAGGAGACCCCCAAUGGUCUGAACUAAGGACUGUGGGCAUAGGCUGGUGGGUCAGAAAUAUUAACACGCUCCGAAGGUGCAUGGAGAAGGUUGCAAAAGCAGCUUUUCAGAGGAACAACGAUGCCUUGGAUGCUGCACUUUUUUACCUUGCAAUGAAGAAAAAAGCCGUGGUAUGGGGUCUGUUUCGUUCUCAGCAUGAUGAGAAAAUGACACAGUUCUUCAGCCAUAAUUUCAGUGAAGAUAGAUGGCGCAAAGCAGCUUUGAAAAAUGCUUUUGCUUUGCUGGGGAAGCAACGCUUUGAACAGUCGGCUGCCUUUUUCUUGUUAGCUGGGUCGCUAAAGGAUGCUAUAGAGGUGUGUCUUGAGAAAAUGGAAGACAUCCAGCUGGCUAUGGUUAUUGCUCGUUUGUAUGAAUCAGAGUUUGAGGUAUCCUCCACCUAUACAGCCAUCCUUUAUGAGAAGGUUUUGGGCUGUGAGAAAGAUGGAACUGGAUUCAGCUGUUCUAAAUUGCACCCUGACCCUUUUCUGCGAAGUCUUGCCUACUGGGUAAUGAAAGAAUACUCUAGAGCACUUGACACUUUACUAGAACAAACACCAAAGGAAGAUGACGAAAAACCAGUCAUCGUCAAAUCCUGCAAUCCUGUGGUGUUCAGUUUCUACAACUACCUUCGCACCCACCCCUUGCUCAUCCGAAGGAAUUUUUGCCUGCCCGAUGGGACUUUCGCCACUUUAGGAUUGCAAGCUGAGAAAAGCUUUGUUGACAAAAUCAAUCUUAUUGAGCGCAAGCUCUUUUUCACUACUGCAAAUGCUCAUUUUAAAGUGGGGUGUCCAGUUUUAGCUCUUGAAGUUCUUUCCAAGCUCCCCAAAAUAAGCAUCAAGUCCAAUAUCUUUAUCAAGAAAGAAGAAGCCGGCACAAGUCCUACUAUGCAGAACGGUGUGAAAUUGGAACCAAAGACAUUGGGGGAGGGCAUUGCUGUAGACCGGUUGCAGACCGUGGAGGGUUCAUCGGAUUUGACAAAUCAAAUGGAGUCUUCAGCCCUAAUUGACUGGAGUCAGCCGGCAAUAACAUUUGAGGAUGAGCCUCUGAACCUUGACUGGGAGGAAGACAAACAUAGUUCACAGGAAGAGGAAGAUGGUUUGCUAAUGAAGGCCUCGAAAGAGGAGCCAGAAAAUGUAAUGCAAGACGGAAAAAGCCCCAGCGAGGAUGCGGUUGCAGAUGACACUGAGGUCGAUGUGAUCGCUGAGCAGCUGAAGUUCAGAGCCUGCCUAAAAAUUCUCAUGACAGAGCUUAGAACAUUGGCCACUGGCUAUGAAGUCGAUGGAGGGAAGCUUCGAUUCCAGCUUUACAACUGGCUGGAGAAGGAAAUUGCUGCUUUGCAUGAGAUAUGCAACCACGAAGCACGCGACAAAGACUAUUGCAAAAUUGACGUCAAAAUAAAUGGAGAUCUCCUUGACCAUGAAAGGGGAGACAAGACAGACAUUGGCUCGUACGAGCGGCAUCAGAUUGAACGGCGUAGAUUGCAAGCUAAGCGCGAACAUGCUGAGCGGCGGAAGUACUGGCUGCAGAACAACCAAGCUCUCCUAAGGGUUUUCUUAAGCUACUGUAGCCUUCAUGGGGCACAGGGCGGGGGUCUUGCAUCUGUGAGAAUGGAGCUCAAGUUUCUGUUGCAAGAAUCACAGCAGGAAACGACAGUCAAACAGCUUCAGUCCCCCCUGCCAUUACCUACCACGUUACCAUUGCUCUCGGCAAGCAUCGCUUCAACAAAAACGGUGAUAGCCAACCCUGUACUGUAUUUAAACAACCACAUCCACGAUAUCCUCCACACAAUUGUGCAGAUGAGAACACCGCCACACCCUAAUGUUGAAGAUGUAAAGGUGCAUACUCUCUAUUCGUUAGCUGCUUCUCUUUCUGCAUCUAUUUACCAAGCAUUAUGUGACAGCCACAGCUAUAGCAGUCAGACAGAAACAAAUCAGUUUACAGGAAUGGUUUAUCAAGGACUACUGUUGAGUGACCGUCGCAGACUGAGGACAGAAAGCAUCGAAGAGCAUGCUACACCAAAUUCAUUGCCUGCACAGUGGCCUGGUGUGAGUUCACUCAUAAAUCUCCUAAAUACAGCUCAGGAUGAGGACCAGCCAAAACUAAAUGUCUUGCUGUGUGAAGCGAUUGUAGCAGUCUACCUGAGUCUGUUGAUCCACGCUCUUGCUACUAACGCUUGCAACGAGUUGUUUCGCCUGGCAGCCCAUCCCUUGAACAACCGAAUGUGGGCUGCUGUCUUUGGAGGAGGAGUGAAGCUUGUGAUAAAACCAAGACGGCAGUCAGAAAAUAUUCCAGAUAAACCACAAUGUUUAACCACCAACACAGAAAAAGUAGUGUCUUUAAAAAGUCCGCACCCAUUGCACCAGCCUACUGUAUCAAAUAUCAAUGAAAUUGCUGCUGGCUGUGACCCAAAGUAUCUAUGCCAGAAGGAUGUAGCCGAUCCAGUUUCUGAUGAUACAAAGGACGUAAACGAAGCCCCUCCAGUUCCUUCUGAAGAAAUGGAUAAGCAUCGCCGGAGAUUCAACAUGAGGAUGUUAGUGCCGGGUAGACCUGUGAAAGACAGUGUUGUCCCUCCACCUGUGCCUGCAGAAAGACCAUCUUACAAAGAAAAAUUCAUCCCUCCAGAACUCAGCAUGUUAGAUUAUUUUGUCGCAAAGCCAUUCCUUCCUUUUUCAGACAGUGGUGUGAUAUAUGAUUCUGAUGAAAGCAUCCAUAGCGAAGAUGAGGACGAGGAUGCUUUCCUCUCUGAUAUGCAAAUCCUGGAGCACAAGGAUGCCAACUCUUACAGCUGGGCUCUUAUCCAUUUGGUGAUGGUAAAACUUGCUCUGAACAAUAUUAAGAACUUUUUCCCCAUUACUGGUUUAGAAAUAUCUGAUCUCCCAGUCACAUCACCAUUGGGCAUUGCUGUGAUAAAAAAUUUGGAAAAUUGGGAACAGAUCCUACAAGAAAGAAUGGAUCAGUUUGAAGGCCCACCGCCAAAUUAUAUCAACACCUGUUUCCCUGAAUUUGGCACAGGAGCUGGAGCAGCUGCUGCUCGAAUAAAAGCGAUGGUUGACCCUGAAAACACACCAUUCAAAUCAAAAGAUUAUUCAGCACUGCCAGCUAAAAGGUUGUGGCAUUUCCUGGUAAAACAAGAAUUGCUACAAGAUACUUUCAUCCGAUACAUGUUCACCAAGAAAAGAAAACAAAGUGAGUCUGUAGAAGAUCGUGAGAAGCAGGUCACUCAAAACAGCAUAGCGGAAGAUUAUAAGCACAAGGUUGAGGCAGAACUUGGCUACCCUGGGGGAAGAGCAAAAAUUAUACACAAAGAGUCAGAUAUGAUCAUGGCAUUUGCAGUCAAUAAGGCAAACAUCAAUGAGAUAGUUUUAGCUUCUACGCAUGAUGUUCAAGAACUUGAUGUCUCCGCUCUUUUGGCUGCUCAGCCAUAUAUAUGGAUUGGAGAAGAGUAUGACCGAGAAUCUAGAAGUUCAGAUGACAUUGACUUCCGUGGUUCCACCACGACGCUCACUCAGUCCAGCACAGCGUCUUUCGCAGUGGCUCAGAUGCAGCCUGUUUCUUCUUUGUCAGCUUCAUCUAUGCCGUGGUUUGGCAGCGGGCAGACAAGUACCGGAGCUGGUGUGCUCAUCAAGCGUAAUUUGAAUAAUGUGAAACGAAUGACUUCCCAUCCAGUCCAUCAGUACUACCUUACAGGAGCCCAGGAUGGUAGUGUCCGAAUGUUUGAGUGGACAAGGCCACAACAGUUGGUGUGCUUCCGACAAGCAGGCAAUGCAAGGGUUACUAGAAUGUAUUUUAAUUCUCAGGGCAAUAAGUGUGGUGUAGCUGACGGAGAGGGAUUCUUAAGUAUUUGGCAAGUUAACCAAACCGCAACUAACCCUAAACCUUAUCUGAGCUGGCAGUGCCACAGCAAAACCACAAGUGACUUUGCAUUUAUUACCUCUUCAAGUCUAUUAGCCACCUCUGGGCAGUCCAAUGACAAUAGAAAUGUGUGUUUGUGGGAUACCUUGGUGUCACCAUCUAACAGCCUCAUACAUGCCUUCACUUGUCACGACCAUGGUGCUACCGUGCUUCAGUAUGCACCGAAGCACCAGCUGUUGAUUACAGGAGGCAGGAAAGGCUGCAUUUCCAUCUUUGACAUCCGGCAGAGGCAGGCCCUCCACACUUUCCAAGCCCAUGACUCAUCGAUCAAGGCUCUUGCCCUCGACUCCUCUGAAGAAUGUUUUUGUACCGGCUCCGCAGAAGGCAACGUGAAGGUAUGGAGACUGACAGGCUACGGUUUAAUCCAUUCAUUUAAACACGAACAUGCCAAGCAGUCUAUCUUCCGAAACCUCAGCACGGGAGUCAUGCAGAUUGAAAUGGCGCAAGGCAGUCGCAUCUUCUCCUGUGGAGCAGAUGGUACCCUGAAGAUGCGUGUUUUACCCAACGCUUUCAAUAUUCCAUCAAGCCUCUGUGACGUUCUGUAGAGUUUGCUGCUGCUGCUGAUGUCCCUUUCCAAAAAUGUUUACUGGAACUGUAUUUUGCUGUAACCAGCACUUAAGGAGGGAUGUUACCACACUUCGUUAUCAGAGUUAAUUACGGCAGCCUUUAAUGCUAUAGUUGAACUAAGAGGAAGAGCAGUGUUUUGACUUUUAAAGAAACCCACACAUUUGUCUUGUUUUACGCACUGCGUUUAGGGAUAGAUGGGAUUGGAAAUGCAUGCACUAUUAUCAGAGGCGAAGUCCCUUGCAGAGUGAUAGAUGGGCUUGUGCUCUCUGACCUAUGAGCCUUGUUUACUUGAGUAAGCACAGAGGUGCUUACGGUCCUGCAGUUCCGGCAAAAUCCCUGCAGUAAGCUACUUUUGGUGUACUGUCAGGAUAUUCUCUUCCAACUCCUUGUUAAUUUGAAGCAUGUCAGCCUCCCCCCCCCUUCCAAUUUUGAAAAUAAUUCGCUAUCAUGGGUAUUCCAAAUGGAGUGUGAUUUUAUGUUGUUGUUUGCUAUUGUUGUUGUUGUUAUUAUUAUUUGGGGACAUGCCACUAAGAAACUGUGACAACCACACAAUCAGUGGACCAAUGUGCAAUGAGGAAUGUACUGUCGGCUGAUGUGUGUAUUAUUUGAUGCUGAGAGUCUUUCUACCCCCCCUUCUUCCCCAAACUAGUAUUAAUGCACAGUUGGGUACUGUAAAUUGGACAGAAGCACAUUUCUCUGAACCAGUGGAAUUUUUCCUUAAAUUGCAUACUACUUUUUCUUUUCUUUUUUUUAAUAAUCUCUUUGGGCAGAAGAUGUUUGGAAACACACCAGGCUGCCACCGAAACAGAAGCCCUGUGCCAUUCUCCCUUACAUGUCACAGCUAAUCACCAUCCUAAUGUCAUAAGGGCAGAUCCACACCACACAUUUAAAUCGCAUCCAACACACAUUUAAAGUGCAUGACUUCCCCCAAAGAACCCCGGGAAUUGUAGUUUCCCCCUCGCAGACCUGCAACUUCCCAGCACCUUUAACAAACUACAAUUUCCAAUAUUAUUUGGGGGAAAUCGUGUGCUUUCAAUGUGCAUCGGAUGUGCUUUAAAUCUAUUGUAUGGAUCUGCUCAAACCAUUUGGUGCUUUUCUACAGAUCCCUCUCUAUGUCAUUGGCCAGAGAGGGCAGAAAAUAAAGCAAUGUAAUGAUAUCAAUAAAUAAGCUGAGCUAGUCAAUAUUGUGGGGAUGUGGGGAGAAAAUUCAACAUGGGUCUUCCAUUUUCAUCAAUGGCUCCAUGUCGUUCAUAACAUCAAAUACCGCCCUUUGACUCUUUAUCCUUCUCUGCCCCCCCCCAAUUAUUUUCAGUCCUGCCUUUUGCAUUAGGAAUGUAAUUGUGAGCACUACGUGUUUGUUGUGAACAGGAACCUCUUUCUAGUCAUGCUUUUGAGUUCUGAUUUUUAUUUUAUGCAGAAAAACCUAACAGAUCUUUGUUAAAUGAAGCUGUAGAAGAAGCUACUGAUAGACGCCGUCCAAUGCCACAUUUCAGAUGAAUGUCAGGCUUACAUGUGGCCAGCUAGUAAAUAGUUGACAAAAUUGGUACUCUAAAACUGUUUCCGUGGCAUAUUGUAUAAACUAUGCAGAGGUCAACAUUGUUUGCUUGUAAUAUACCAGCUAUUGUUUGUCAUAUUUAGAUGUAUUUUUCUCUGUUGUUAAACAGAAAGACACGUUCUCUACUAAGAUAGCGCAGCUGAUGUCUAUGUAUUUAAAUGUUAACAAAUUGUAUUUUUUUUCCCUCCAACGAGAUUUUUUUGUGUCUGUGCUGUAUUCUAAAACAGAAAAAAAAAUAUGGGGGGAUAAAAUGCACCUUUGUCUAAAGGCAAUUUUAAUUGCAAGCUGUGAAGUAUGUAUAUGAAAAGAAAGCAAAAUGUCAUUUGUUAGCUUUACCUUUAAGUUAAAUAAAAUCCUUUUAUU